UAUUCAGCUUCAACUGAGCUGGCCUCGACUUCUGAUUCAAAUCUCACCUCAGUCAAACAUGUCCUCUCACUCAUCGUAACCUCACCAUUCACUACUUCUUCUCCAACGUGUAAAUUUCAAAGGCCAGCCGUUAUGACUGCGACGCUAUUCGUUUGUUUUUGAAAUUGCUUCAUCUAUCAAUAGUUUUCCUGUUUCCUCGAGUGCCAGAGCUAGGCUGUUAAUUUAACACUUUGUUUUGUGAACGGUUUUAUUCCGGUACCUCCUCAGUACAAUCUAAUUCCUUGGCUCGUCGGUCUUUGUCUCUGUGAAACGACAACAUCCCGCCGUGGUACCUUGUUCUUCCACCCUUCUUGUCCUUCUUUUGGUCUUUUUUUCUUUCUUUUUCUUUUUCUUUCUCUCCCAAACAUAUAUCACAUGCUCCGCCGCUCCCGCUACACAUGGCUCCCAAAUCCCUAGUUGAAUUGGCCGUCAAGGCCGCAGUCCGCAACAUCAGCCUCAUCACGAGCGUCGGUUAUGCGCCAUACGAGCUGGUUAGGCCAAUCCUUCUCAAGGUCGAGUCCGCGGAGCAGCUCCUCCAGAUCGAGGAUAACUGCCCGCACAUUGCAGAGGAGAGCGCGGAGCUGUGGAAGCGGCUGAUCCAGAAAGACUUUGCCCGGGACUCGGAAAAGAAGCGCUAUGUGCCCAAGAACCCCCUGUCGUGGGGUAAGGUCUACCUCAAGUACAGGAGGGAGAGGGACGAGGCGGUCGCCGCGGCCGAGGCCCGCCUCAACGAGCAGUUCGACAAGCUCAAGCAGGAGCGGCAAAAGAAUGAGGCCCAGCUCGUCAAGCCGAGCCAGAUCCCCUUCAACCUCCGCCGGACCACCACCAUCGGCGGCAACUCGCGCUUCGGCCCGCCAGGCGCCCCCAGGGCCUCGUCGAACCUGUCGUGGGGCGGCGGCACCAGGACCAACGUCAACGAGGCCGGCGGGCACAUGAGGAAGGUCAAGCGGCAGGCCGCCGAGGCUGCGAAGCGGAGGGCCAUAUCCGGCCAGGUCGGCGCCCUGCGGGGCCAGGUCAUGAGGGCGCCCAAGGCUCUCCUCGACGCCAAGCGUAUCGCCCAGAACCCGGGUACCAAGGCGCACCAGCCCACCAUGGAGGAGUCGGUGCUGCCGCCAAGCAGGCGAGGUGACAUGGAGGCUCGGCUCCUGAAGCUCAAGCAGUCGUCCAAGGACCGCGGGCCCGCCGUUGAAGUCUCCGACGACGAGCUCGAGGGGUCUGACGAAGAGUCCUCGAGACCUGCAAAGUACCGGAGGGUUGCCGAAGCUCCCGAGAAGCUUUCGGCUAGCUUUUUGGAUGACGACGAUGACGACGGUGAAGCGGGUGAUUUGUUCGGCGGUGAGGAGUCAAGUUCGAGACAGUCUUAUUCAUCUUCGAGAGGCUCUGCGCGACAGUCUCAGUCCUCAUCCUAUCAAUCGCCUUCCAAAUCUACCAGCAGAUAUCCCGAUCCUGCCUCGCCGCCAGCAACUGCAUCCGGCAGUUCGUCGUCGUCGUUCGUGGCUCGAAAACGAAAGGCUCAGGCCAAUGUCUUUAUGACAAAGAGGCGUUGAGGGCUGGUAUUUCGACGAAAAUCUUUGUUUCAGGCUGAUGUAGAUUGGCCUGUUGUCAUUUUUGUUUAGUGGAAUGUUUUCUUAUCUUGAUUUUGAUUUUGUUCAUGGCAACUUAAUUUGAAGUCGGCAUAACAUAGAGGAGUUUGGAUGCAUAUGCACUUUAGCGACAGUAAGGUUUAUAUUUUUAAAUGAAGCACACAUGCUACAUAUUUUUUAUCAGGUCAUCAGCGGUGAGAUAGUCCUGAUCACCUGGGCUUGAUUUACUCGCCUUUACGCAA